CAUGCAAUAGCUGUAGUUUAACCAGGCAAUAACAAAACAAUAGGAUUUUAAAUACACAGGCUUCUAUACCAUAAGACUAACCAAAUGUUUGUAUUUCAGAAACUUUUUUCACUGCCAAUUAGUUUUAGUUAUAUAGCUGCCUAUAAAUAUGCCUCGUACUUCAAUUUUCGAUACCUCUAAUAUAUUUUCGAUGACUGAAAACACUGCCCAGAACAAAGUUGGAGGAAAGCCUUCAUCCAAACGACCGGCUACUUCCCCCGCUAAAGGCGCCGUUCACAAAAGAUCUGCUUUUGGUGACAUCACAAACGCUGGUGUUGUCAAUGUAAAAGCAAUUGCAAAACCUGAAGCAACCAAGAAAGUUGAUUCGAAGAAAAACAAAACCAAACGUCAUUCACUUCGUUUGUCCAAACAAGUUAUAAAGACCAAGCAAGAUACUUCAGCAAAUGUUGAAAAACUUUCACAAAUCACUCAGGAUUUUUUCAUCUCAAGCUCACAAGAAACCAGCUCUUCAUCGGCCUCAAGUGUUUACGAAUCACUUCCCAACUCUCCCGCUACCCCGACAUGCUUCAUCGAACACAAAGCCUCACCUCGUCGCAGAGCGCUUAACUUCACAGACGUUGACGCAGAAAACGUGAACAACAUAAACGAAGCGCCCGAAUAUGCAUUCACCAUCUUCGAAUACAUGCGAGCACGGGAGCAAUCUUUCCCCAUCAAUGAAAACUAUAUGGUUGAGAAGCAAACCGAGAUAACACCUGAGAUGAGAUCAAUCUUGGUUGACUGGAUGGUUGAGGUGCAAGAGAACUUUGAACUGAACCACGAGACUUUAUACCUCGCCGUCAAACUUGUUGACUGUUAUUUGCAACAAGUCAAAAUAAAGAAAGAAAAACUCCAACUUAUUGGUGCAACAAGUUUGCUAAUUGCUGCUAAAUUUGACGAACGGCAAGCCCCAUAUUUGGACGACUUUCUUUACAUUUGUGAUGAUGCGUACAACAAACAACAGAUGAUGCAAAUGGAACGAACUUUGUUGAAGACAAUUGGUUUCGAUAUUAAUAUUCCAAUCGCAUAUCGAUUUCUUCGUAGAUAUGCUAAGUGUGCCAAAUCCAGCAUGGAGGUUCUAACAUUGGCUCGAUACAUUAUGGAGCUGUCACUCCAAGAUAUUUCUUUCAUCGGUAAAUCUGCUUCACUUAUGGCAGCAUCAGCGUUGUGGCUUGCUUUCAAAAUGAAAAAGACCAACUUUCAAUGGAACGACACACUGGUUUAUUAUUCGUCUCAUAACGAGCAAGAUAUUAUUGAACUUGCAGUUCAACUUAAUCAUAUGCUAUCUUCAAGAGACACCAAACUUAAAACGAUAUUCACCAAAUACUCGCACUCCAUAUUUUACCAAGUUGCCAAAACAACUUGUUUGUCACAAGUUGAAAUAAACGAAGAAACUUCCAGAAUCCAACAUUUCACUCAACUUUAACUUGGUACCUUUCCCAUCAAGAUAACUUAUAAGUUCCUUAUCAUUGUGACGUCAUUAUCAUUCUUACGUCACACACGCCGCGAGAAGAUAUUUUUUCUAGAAUGUAUCUGUGCCACUCGCAGAUUACGACCGCUGUGUGACGUCAUACACAGGUGUGACGUAGCACAGUUCGAUUGUGGCAAAACAAAACAGUUUCAGAUCGUGGUAUUCAACUUUACCUUUCCCUACCUCAUUCCACACGCGAUACUACGUCACGCCGACGUAACACACACGUAGGGAAUACAUUGUUACGUAAUAAGCCAACACACGCGACAUAAUUGUCCUUUUCUUCUAUUCUUUCCUUAUUGUUGUUGUUUUAACCGCGCGAAAGUUUUUACUUCCGGAACAUCGUGGUUCCUACGUCAUUUGUGUUGUUUCUUAUGUCACAUAUUGCUUUAUUACGUCACUCAUGCAUUUGUGACGUUCGUUUUCUUCUCCGAGUACCGUUUUAUAUUGUUUCUAUGCUUCUGUGUACAUACUUGUUUUAUCUUUAACGUUUUUAUCGCCGUAGCCGCAGUGUUUCCAACAAAUCUUUAAUUUCUUUUACCCGGAAACACUGCCACGUCACACGUAAACGCCAUACAUUGUCACACACGCCACAUUAUGUUUACGACUUCUAUCAUCGCACUGGUAAAGUUCCCGUGUGUCGAAUAAACGGAUUCUUA